AUGGGGGAAUACAGUCACACCAUCCCUGUCCAGAUCGGUAGCAAUCGCCCAGGUCCUCAUCCAUCAUCGUCUAGAAGACCGGUAGAUCAUCCAGAAUGGCAUGUCCAGUCUCCGACCGGAUACACGGCGGGAACAAACCUGCUCGGCGAGCCCUGGCAAACCGACCGCCCAUUCAAAGUCAUCGUCAUGGGCGCCGGUGCCGCAGGCAUUGAUUUUCUACAUCACGCAUCGACUGAAUUGAUAGACUUAAAUAUCGAGGUCAAAUGUUUUGAAAAGAACGCCGAUGUGGGCGGUACGUGGUUUGAAAAUCGAUAUCCUGGCUGUGCCUGUGAUGGUCCAUCUCCCAGCUACCAAUUUGCUUGGAGACCGAAUCCAGAUUGGUCAAAAUAUUAUUGCAGCUCUCUGGAGAUAUGGCAGUAUCUCAAAGGUAUUGUUCUUGAUGAAGGGUUGGAUCGAUAUAUCCAACUUCAGACCGAAAUCACUGAGGCAAGAUGGGAUGACGAGAUCGGGAGGUGGGUACUUACGCUAUGUCGGGCGGAUGAUUCAGCAUUGUGGACAGAGCAUUGUGAUGUGCUUUUGAAUGGUACAGGAUUCCUGAAUGCUUGGAAGUGGCCAGCUAUUCCUGGUUUACAUUCCUUCCAGGGGCGUCUUUUCCACACUGCUCGCUACGAAGAGGGGUAUGAUCUCAAAGAUAAAAGAGUAGCCAUUAUCGGAUCUGGUAGCUCUGGUGUCCAGGCAGUGGCUUCUGUUUACUCAGAUGUAUCAAAGCUUUAUACCUGGGUACGCAGCCCAACUUGGAUCACGGCAGGAUUUGCUCAGAAAUAUGCUGGCAAGGAUGGCGCAAAUUUCGAAUAUUCCGAGGAAGAGAAAUACGAAUGGCGCGAAGAUCCUGAGAAGUACCGUGAAUACAGGAAGAUGAUCGAGGAUGAAAUCAACCUACGGUACCGGGCAGUUUUACGCAAUACAGCUGAAUCUCAGAAGGGUGCCGAGUCACACAGGAUCUCUAACUACUCCAAGUUCUCAUAUACAGACAUGCAUAAAAAGCUCGGCGGGGAUCCUCGCCUUGUGGACAAAAUUAUCCCAAAAGACUUCAACGUCGGGUGCCGGCGCCCAACUCCAGGAAAUGGCUACCUUGAAGCACUUGUAGGAGAGAAGACUACACUUUUCACCGAAACAAUCAAAGAAAUCACACCGAAGGGGUUUCGGAGCCAAUCUGGACAAGAGUAUGAGUGUGAUGUCAUCAUAUGUGCCACUGGCUUCGACACCUCAUAUCGUCCCCGAUUCCCUGUCAUCGGAAUAAAUGGCGUCAAGCUUAGUGAGCGUUGGGCUGAAAUCCCUGAAUCUUAUCUUGGCAUCGCCGCUCCGGACAUGCCAAAUUAUUUCAUGUUCACAGGGCCAUUCACGCCGGUAGCGCAAGGCGCUAUUUUACCCAUAUUAACCGCAAUGAGCAAGUAUUUCAUGCAACUCAUCAGGAAAAUGUAUAUGCAUCAUAUCCGACGUGUCAUCCCCAAGGAUUCUGUGAUUCAGGACUUUAUGGAACAUGCCCGUGUCUAUCUACCUCGUACCUGCUGGGCGGAUCCUUGUACCAGCUGGUUUAAGCAGGGUAGACCGGAUGGCCCGAUCGUUAUGUGGCCUGGUUCUCGACUGGCUUUCUUCGAGGUAGUCAAGGAGCCUCUAUGGGAGGAUUUUGAUAUCCAGUAUCUUUCCAAAAAUCGAUUCGGGUUCUUGGGUAGUGGGUUUGCGAAAUAUGAAUUUGGAAGUGCGGGCGAGAGCUCUCCGUAUUUGAAUGGGGAGUUCAUACACACUCGACCAAAGAAGGAGGUGGAGACUAUGAUUGAGAGUAGUAAGUGA